AUAUCCAGUUAAUUCCAUAUGCUUUUAAUAUUUGUUUCCUUCUUCUAUUUCUACUCCCUUUUUAUUAAGUCCACAUUGUUUAUCUUUACACCCAGUCCCCACUAAACCAUUUGCUUUUUCCCUUUUUGAACUGGUAGAGAUGAGGGACUGAGAGUAAAGUUCACUACUUGCAUUAUUGAGAAAGAGAUGUCUUGGGAAAUCGAAGAGAUCGGAGAAGAUAGCAAGAGUGAAGUGAUUGGCAACAACAAAGAUGGAGGAGUGAUCAAUGAUGUUUAUGUAGCAGUUGGCAAGAAUGACAUGUAUGUUCUUCAAUGGGCACUUGAUCAUGCCAUCUCUCCGGGAAUUCGCGUUUGCCUUGUGCAUAUUUUUCCUCCCAUUACCUACAUCCCUUCACCAGUUGGCAAGUUAUCAAGUAGCCAACUGACCAGAGAGCAGGUGCAAGCUUACAUCAAUGAAGAGAGCAACAGGCGGAAGAAUCUCUUGGAAAAAUACAUCCGCCUAUGCAAUGAUGCCAAAGUACCAGUAGAUACUGUACUUGUGGAGAGCAAAUCACCUGGCAAAGCAUUACUUGAUCUAAUCUCUGUUGUCAAUGUUACCAGCCUCAUUAUUGGAACUAAACGAUCACUUUCCACCAUACGAGUGAUGAAGGGACAUGGAAUAGGAGAAUAUGUUCAAAAGAAUGCACCGGCUUCCUGUCAGGUUAACGUCGUUGGUGAAGAAGGCAAAAAGAUUAAGAAGAGUGAAGUGGUGCAGCUAAAAGGCAAUUAUUCCAAUUCUCCUUCACUUGUGCAUAGCCGGAGUCAGCCGGAGAUUGCUAAACAAUCUAACAGGAAUUUAUUUGAAUGGAUGUGUUUUUCUCCCAAGUUCCAUGGAGACGUUGGAAGUAAAUAAAGAGAACACAGAGACGAAUUCAAAAUUUGAGUUAAACUUAAUGCGUAACUAAUGGAGUACUACUAUAUCAAAUUUGGCUUUCUGUUUUUUUUCUCAAAUCUUAUUGACAAUAUUUUUUCUAUUUCCAAAAGUUUUAACCCGACACAUCUAGCUAAAGUUAAAGAAUUUCGAAUC